AUGGGUGAUAAAUUUCAUAAAUUGAGUAGCAAAUGGACAAUAUCAGAGAAAUACAAUGCCAGUCAAAACAUAGAUUAUAAGAGAACUAUUGUGGAUAUCUGUUCUUUUUCGACAGUUGAGGAGUUAGGAUUUCUGACGAAAAAGACUAUAUAUUCAAAAUUAUCAGAUAUUUUAAGUGAACCUUAAAAAUGCAAGAUGUAUUAGAGUCUAAUAAGAUAGAUUUAAAUAAUUUAAUGACGAAAAUGUAGAUGCUUAAAUUGAAGCAAUAUAAUUUUUUAAAAAUGACAUCAAACCUUGGUGGGAGGAUGAAAAUAAUAAAAAUGGUGGAGAGAUUCAAUUUGACAUUUCAACACAAUAUUAUGCAAUGUAUGAUUAGAUAUAUUUGGAUAUUCUCUUGCAAAUUAUAGGAUAAGCUACAGAGGAAUUAAGACAUGUAAACUAAAUCUAUUUUUUUAGAUUAAUGGAUUGAGAGUUUUAGAUAAAAUUAAUGCCAAAUAAGGAAAUAGAAUAAGAAUUGAAUUAUGGAUGGAUAUUGAUCCAAAGGAUUAAGAUGAAUCUAUCGGAAAGUUAAUUGAAUGGAUAGAUAGUACAUUAAAAAAACACAAAAUUGAUAUUGAUUAAUCUUAAUUUAAUAAAGUGUCUCAUAAAAAAUGA